UUCACAAAGAGAAAGCCAAUAUUAGAAAGAUGUUUACUUCUAAUGAAUGGACCUUGAACAAGCUAUCUAAGGAGCCUAAGGGAAAAGAAGCUGCAAAGGUUGUGCUCAUGCCUUCUUUUUGGAAUACUGUGGUUUACACUCUUAAAGUCAUGGCUCCACUUGUGAAAGUGCUUCGUCUUGUGGAUGGUGAAAGGAAACCAGUCAUAGGCUAUAUUUAUGAAGCAAUGGACAAGGCAAAAGAAACAAUUAUCAAGUCUUUCAACAACAAUGAAAGCAAGUACAAAGAUGUGUUUGCAAUCAUUGAUAAAAGAUGGAAUUGUCAGCUUCAUAGGCCACUGCAUGCAGCUGCCCACUUCUUAAAUCCAGAGUUCUUUUAUAACAACACUGACUUGGAGUUUGAUUUUGAGGUCACCAAUGGUUUGUUUGAGUGCAUUAAGAAGUUAAUUCCACAAUUUGAUGUGCAACAGAAAAUUCUAACCGAGUUGCAUCUUUACAAGAUUGGUGCUGACCACUUUGGUUCCGACUUUGCAAUGGCUCAAAAGAAAACCCAUUCUCCUACAUAUUGGUGGCGAAUGUUUGGGUCACAAACUCCAAAUUUGCAGAAGCUAGCUAUUAAAAUUUUGAGUUUGACUUGCAGUGCUUCAGGAUGUGAAAGAAAUUGGAGUGUGUUUGGGCAAAUUCAUUCCAAAAAAAGAAAUAGGCUUGAGCACAAGAGGCUCCAUGAUUUGGUGUUUGUCAAAUACAACCAACAAUUGAAGCAAAGAUAUAAUGCAAGAGAUGAAAUUGAUCCAAUUUCUCUUAAUGAUAUUGAUGUGUACAAUGAAUGGCUCGUGGGAGAGAUGGAUCAAGAUGAUGAUAAUGAUGCUGGAAAUGAUUUGGUAUUUGAAGAUGAUGAUGCUCUAAAUUUGGCAACUGUGUAUCAGGCUUCGGGGGUUGGAGAGUGUAGGAAGUAUACUAGGCGGAAAAAGCAAAAAACAAGUGUUGCUGCUGCCCAAACUUCUAAAAAACAGGCAAUGGUUGUUGGAUCUUCAUCAAGGAAGCAAAAAGCAGUCCAAGAAAAUGAUGAGGAUCUAGAUUUUGAGGAGAAUAUUGAUGUUGAAUUUGAAGAAGAAGAAAUCAUGGUCAAUUUUAAGGCGUCUGAUGGGGAAGAGGGAGAGGGAGAUGCUCCAUUACCAUGUGAUAACAAUGAAGAUGAUUAUGUUGGGAUUGGAGAAGAUGAUUAGAGCCUCAACCUUCACUUUGCACUUUGCAUUAUGUUUUUAUCAUUUUCUUAUUUUGAACUCUUUAAUGAGUUUAUUUGGUAUUGGUACUUGAUUAUUAUAUGAACUCAUGAAACUUUUUUAGUUUAUUUGAAUGCAAUCCUUUGUUUUUUUCAAUUUCAA